AUGACUGGAGGAGAUUCGAAGACCCUCAUGUUCGUACAAAUCAGUCCUACCGAGAAGGAUCUAAGCGAGACACUAUGCUUACUGAAUUUUGCUAGCAAAGUUGAUAAAUGGAAGCAAGACAUGAAAGGAAAAGACGAACAGAUGAGGAAAAUGGAGGAAACGAUGUUCGGCUUAGAAGCAAAGAUUAAGGAACGAGACACUAAGAACAAAACCCUUCAAGACAAGAUCAAAGAACUUGAAUCACAUCUGCUGGUGGAGAGGAAGCUGGCUCGUCAACACGUAGACACCAAGAUUGCUGAGCAGCAGAUAAAACAGCAGAACGAAGAUGAAAACAACACAUCAAAGAGGCCACCACUUGCAAAAUACUGUUGGGAAGCAACAAGGUCUCAAGCGAGACCUCAACUUCGAAAGAUACGGUGA